AAGUGUUUAGAUGGAAACCUCUCAUCUCAUAAUUGUAACAGAGGCAUUUAACAAGAAGAAAUUCUCAGCCAUUGUUUCAUCAGCUGACAUGUUACACAAAAUCAGAAAUCCACACCGCUCUCUUGUUUAUUGAAGGAAAAAAUAAACUUGCUUUAUUUCAUUUUUGGAGCCAUGAAAGGAAAAGUGAAAAUCUCCAAAUUGAAGUUGAGCAUACCUAUUUUGUGUCUUUGUUUAUUUUUCUUCUUUCUUGGUCUAUUUAUGUCUCCUAUCGUAUUUCAGAAUUGGGUUGAUGAGGGAUCCCAUUUGAGAAUUCACCAAGAUUUUGUAAAGAAGGAAUAUGACCCUAUUCAACAUGGAAAAUCUGGAGAAUCCUUUGUUGAAUCAAUUCCGUUUCAGAUUUUGAGUUUGAAUCCAAGAGCUGUUUACUUUCCAAACUUCACAAGUGUAGAAACAUGUGAGCAGAUAAUUGAAAUGGCAAAGCCAACAGUUGAACCAUCAAAGCUAGCUUUGCGAAAAGGAGAAGAUGCAGAGAGCACAAAAGGCACAAGAACAAGUUCAGGCGUAUUCAUCGGUGCAUCAGAAGAUAAAUCUGGCAUUUUGGAUAUGAUUGAGAGGAAAAUCGCUAAGGUUACAAUGAUUCCAAAGACAUAUGGAGAAGAUUUCAAUAUAUUGAGGUAUGAAGUUGGCCAAAAAUAUGAUUCUCAUUAUGACGCUUUCGAUCCAGCUGAGUAUGGCCAUGUUGAUAGCCAAAGGGUUGCUUCCUUCUUAUUAUACUUAUCAAAUGUAGAAAUGGGAGGAGAAACAAUGUUCCCUUAUGAGGAUGGUUUAAAUGUUGAUACAAAUUAUGAUUACAAAAAAUGCGUUGGUUUGAAGGUGAAGCCUAGACAAGGUGAUGGACUUUUAUUUUAUUCGGUGUUUCCAAAUGGAAAAAUUGAUAAGAAUUCUCUUCAUGGAAGUUGUCCUGUGAUAAAAGGAGAGAAAUGGGUCGCAACAAAGUGGAUUAAUGAUAAACAACAACAGAGGCACUACUAGUUUUUCUUAGACACGAAGAUUCUACAAAAUUUAUUUUCCUAAGUAAAUUGAUUUAUGAACUCUUCUAUCUUAGAAUUGAGAGAACUUUUUAAUCAUGUUCUAAUAACAUCAAUGAAUCUUCUUCUACUGAUUCGUUA